AUGAUGCGUACGAGCUACGAUCUGCUCGACUGGGAGGACAAACAUUGGACUCACGGAAUAUUGUAUUCAUCUCAACUAGCCAACAUGGCAGAGGAUGAGGAUGAACUCGAUGAAGACGAUCUCGACGACCCCGAACUACUUCCAGAAGACGAUGAGCCCGUGGAAGAGCUGGAUGUGGACGGAGAGGGCUUUCGCGUUGGUCCACCUGCGUUCUUCGGCCUGGCCUGUUGUUGUUUUGAUGCAAGGUCCUUCGAGGAGGAAUCACCAGCUCCGCUACCUGGUUUAGUAUCGCCGCCGCUUCGCGCAGCAUUACUGCCAGAGGGGCGCGUACUUGAAGUCAAGGGGCUUCUAGAUCUUCGAUCUCGCCGAGCAGGAGGACCUGCAAUACGAUGA